GGGGAGGGGCGGGCCCAGGGCGGCGGCGGUGGCGGUCCCGGGAUCGGCCCGGGAUCGGGAUCGGCCCCGGGAUCGGGAUGGCGGGGCCGGGGCUGGAGCGGUACCGGCUGGCGCUGCUGGCGGCGCGGGAGGACGUGGGGAACCCCCGGGCUGGGACCGACUGGGCCGUCUUUGGCUAUGAGAAACAUCACGACCUCAAGCUCCUGGAUUCCGGAGCCGGGGGGCCGGAUGAGCUCGCUGGAAAAUUCUGUGGCAGCGUCAUGUACGGGCUGUGCCGGGUGCCCGAUCCCGGUUCCGGCACCCCCAGGAUCGUCCUUAUCAGCUGGGUGGGGGAAAAGGUGCCGGAAUCGCAGCGGGCGGCGUGUGCCGGGCACCUGCCGGCCAUCCGGAGCUUCUUCAGGGAGGCCACGGCCGUGAUCAGCGCCCGCCGCUCCGAGGAGGUGACGCUGGAGGGGCUGCGCCGGGUGCUGGCACAGCUGGAGCCCCCCGCCCCUCGCCCACCCAGGAGGACCCCCCAGGACACCCCGGAGCUGGUGGGAACCAACUACCGCAAGACCAACCCAGCGCUGGAGCUGCAGCGCACCCAGCGCGAUUCCUUCUGGGAACAGGCUGAGCGCGAGGAGCAGCAGCGGAAGGAGCAGGAGCGGCAGCGGGAGCGGGAGCAGCGGCGGCGCUGGGAGAGGGAGCGCAUGGAGGAGGAGCGGCUGCAGGCGGCGGAGCGGGAGCGGAGGCUGCAGGAACGGGAGAGGCUCAUCGAGGAGCGGCGGCAGGAGCAGGCGCGGCUGGACGCGGAGGAGCGGAGGAAGGAGCAGGAGCGAUGGGAGCAGCAGCAGCGGGAGCAGGAGGCGGCCGAGCGGGAGCGCGGGGGUCGCACCGGGCUCAGCGGCACGGCGGCCGAAGCCGCGAUCCUGGUCUCCCAGCGCACCCAGAACCCCGGGAAUUCUUUCGGCAGCGGGAACGCUCGGGCUCCACGUCCGCAUCCCCCCUGCCCGGCAGCACUCCCGGUGCUCGCCGGCCUUUCCUGCGGUACCAGCGCAGCCUGACGGAAUCCGCCUUCAUCUUCCGCCGGCCGGAGCCCCCCCAGACCCCCCCGCCCGGAGCCUCCGGGGGGGCACCGCCCCCCAGCCCCCGGCGGCCGCCGCCCCCUCUGCCCCCCGGCCCCGCGGGCAGGGACCCCGCCACCACCGGGACCCCCGCCAGCCCCGUGGGGAGGGGCCCCCCUCCCUCUGCCGCUCUGGGACGCCCCCCAGCCCGGCCCGAGCAGGGUCCCCCCAUGCCACCAGUCCUGUGGGGACAGGGACCCCCUCCCUCUGCCACCCCAAGGAGUCCCCCCAGCCCCGUGGUGAUGGGCACCCCCCAAUGUGCCACCGCUGGAACCCCCUCCAGCCCCCUGGGAACAGGGACCCCUCCCUCCGCCACCCUGGGGACCCCCAAUUUUGCCACCAGCAGGUCAGGGUCCCCCCCUGCCAUGCCCGGGACCCCUCCCGGGUGGGGGUUCCCCCUGUCUCUUCUGGCUCGGGCUCUUCGGAAAGCACUUGUGGGGUACAGCCCCACCCUCCUCCAGCACUUCCCGGCUUGGGGUCUCCCCCCAGGCCCCCCCGGGAUGAGGAGGGGUCCCGCCCGGACACUCCCCCCCUCCCCAGCCCCCCAGCAUGGGAAGCUCUGGGGCCGCUGAUUGAGGAUGUCCCCAUCCCGAGGGAGGGGUCCCCAACACCCCCCCCGCACAGCCCCGGCCCCCCCCGCCCGCUGCGGGACCCCCCAGGAUUUGGGGCGCAAUGGAAUCGGGGGGGCACGAAGGGGGGGGCUGGGAGACCCCCUGGGAGCCGAGACCCCUCCCCGGGCAGGGGGAUGAGCCCAGCGAGAGCCCCGUCCUGCAUAAAGCCACUCCAGGCUUCGCGCUGCUGCUGGCCCGUGACGCCCCCCCACCCGCCGCUUUUGGGGGGCCCCCAGCCCCCCCCACCGAGGACGAGGACCUCUCCCCCCAUGCUGUGUAGCGGAGGGGGGGGCCCCCAGCACCUCCUUUUUUUUUUGGGGGGGGGAUCCCCUUUAUGGCACCCAGGAUGGGCGCCCCUCCCCCGCUCACCCCCCAGCACAGCCUCCACCCCCCCCUC